AUGGGCAACAUCCUCUUCCUAAUCGGUCUCCCCUUAAUUCUGGGUCCAUCCAAGACCCUCUCCUUCUUCGCGCGCCGUCAAAAGCUAACAGGAACCGUAACUUUCGCCUUGGGCAUUUUGCUAAUCCUCUUCCGCCGGCCGCUCCUGGGUUUCUGCGUCGAGCUGUAUGGGCUCUUCGUGCUGUUCGGGGAUUUUUUGAUUACCCUUAGCGGGUUUGUGGGCGGAUUGCCGGUGGUGGGACCUCCAUUGAAGCAGUUAUUGGUGUUUAUUGGAACGGCAGGGGGGAGAAGUGGUGGAGGUGGCAGGGAGCUGCCGGUUUAA